UUGAAUUUCGAAGUUGAUCCCGUUUCUUGGAUAAGAAUACAAAAGGAAAAGCAUAACGUCUCGCUUUAAAUUUAUAUACAUGUAUAUUUCUGCCAGUUUGAUGCAACUGAGGAUAAUUGUUACUACAGCAUGGACUUUUUUUUUGUUUUUUUACUACAUGCAGCAGCUCAAAGUCUUCGUUGUAAGAAGGCACUAACAUAAUAAAGGCUUGGUAUCUCGGACCAGCAAGGAGGCCAUCAUUUUAUUCUGCGACAAGGAGACAAUAUCUAUGUUCACACUGAUCCCAUUGACGCUUUUAGUUUACCUACUUCUAGCGGACAAAAAAAAGUCAGAUUGACAUUUAGCGAGGGUUACACACAUUUGUAAGCAAUAUACUAUUAAGCAAUAUUGGUACGGCUAUUAAAAUCAGUCAAACCUAUCUUAAUCAAUGUAAACUAAUCAUAUGGGGCUAAAAGGUGGUUUCUAUAUUUCGACUACAUGUACAUGUCGUAUAUGAUUUACCCGUCGCAUGAACCUCAACCGAAGACGUGCUCACAUCCCGAAGCCCAACUCAGGUCAGGAGAUUUGUGAUUUUUUUAGAUUAGUAUUAUAUGGUUUUGGAAAACUGUGAUUUCUAUCAUGUAAUAAAUUUCGUUACUAUGAUGCUUGCUAAACAUUUGAUUUUACCAAACAAUUUAAUUUUCCCUAACAGCUUUAUCGUAUUUUGCAAUCAAUUCUCUUCUCCCACAUCGUUUGCCUUUUAGGACCUUUACGCAAUAGGAUCUUUCCAACAAUAUAAGCUUUUGUGACGCUCAAGGAUUGUUAUAUAUGAAUUUGUUCGAUCCUCAAAAGGAACGCACCCGUCAGGCUUACCUUAUGUUUAGGUCAUUGCCUUGGCAAUGCCAAGUUGACAACUUACGCUGUCUACAUGAUCUGUGCGAUAUUUUUUUCGAGCAUAUGUCUCGGUGUGAUGAUUUAGUUUUGCAAAGAACUAAUCAUAAGCGAUGUACAUUCUAACAUGCGACAUUUUCCAAUCGAUGGGAGGCGAUGCAGUUUGUGUAAAGAGUUUUCGCUAAUUAGACUCAAUCGACUUAUCCUAUCGUAUAGUGUCGUAUUUCGCUAUAUUUCUACACUAAACUGAUAAAUAUUCAUGCGCUGGAAGAGUACUUUUUACAUGUUCCAUGUUCAAUCUCAUUCACCUGAUAAGACUCCAACCUCUAUCGAUGCAUUUUUGAAUGAAACUGCGUAAUCUCUAAUAGAAAAUAAAGAAAGAGAAAAGCUAAAUAUUGUUUGAAUAAAAUCUUCCAAAUCUCCUAUAGACGUUAGUGUAAAGUCGGAAUAAAUCCUAAAUUACUUAUUCAUAUCCAGUGCAAAACGUGUCAAGCAAAACCUACUACAAUGCUUUGAAGCCCAAUGUGAUUUGCGCGUGAAGUUCCACUUCUCGCUCGCGAUAAUUUUGUUACGACAGCGUCUUGUGCGCAGACAGAUGUAUAGCCUUCGUUAAGGAAUGUGGUCUUUUGGACGAUUGGCAGUACUGAUCCGCUGGGCCAGUGAAUCUCCCAAGUUCAACAAUUUCGCGCCCUUUUUUUCAAACGUACAUUCAAAAAGGACGUAAUCACUCUCACCAGCGGGUGCGUGCAGUUGUAAAGGUGUUGUGGGCUUGCCUUCGCAGUCAAGCGUGGUACAAAGUUUGGAUUCUGAAUGAUCGCUGAUUUCGUAAUUUGACGUCUUGUUUGACUAGCGGAGCAGGUACAACAAAUUGCUCCAUAACCUGGAGUAGCCAUGUCGGACGACACCCAAAUGGAAAUUGUCCGACAGUUGGGCUCCAGCCAGAUGGUUGAACAGCUAGUCACGAUCCCACGAAAGUUUUAUGAUCGAUUCAUAGCAAAUCCUCCGAUGAUACGCGAGUUAACGAAACUUUGUGGUACGCAAAUCGAGAUUUUGUAUCAAGAUUUCGAUCGUCAAUACCAAACUGUUUCGAACUGUUUUACCGAUUGCCAGACACAGCCAGUACAGCAGACGCCGCAGAGACAGCCUAAAAGCCGACGUGAAUAUUUACUCCGAAUUGUUGGAUCUCAACAACACGUUAGCAACGCUUGUCAAGAAAUUUUUAAAAUACUGAAUUAUAAUGUUAACGGGGCAGAACAGAUGACGCUCAAAUUAGAUGUAUCAUUUGCCGUCCAUUCGUUUAUCAUUGGCCGUGACGGAAAGGGUUCAAAGACGGUGAUGCGCGCCACCGGGACCCUUGUCCACUUUCCCGAUUCAAACCGGAACAGCAAAAUGAAAAAAAGCAAUCAGGUUUCAGUGUCAGGCUCGCCUGAACAGGUACUCAAAGCACGCAGGAUGCUCCGCGACCGUUUGCCGAUAUCUUUCAUGUUCUUAUUGGAAAAAGCUGAUUAUAUUAAAGUUGUGGGUCACUGUGGCGGAAACGAACAGAAAAUUCUUGCCAAGCUUAGAAAGCGCUUUGAGGCAUUGCAGAACGAAUAUAGCAUGUCGAUAAGUUAUCAGAUAUUGUCGAACGGUUGUAUAAUGGUCACCGUUCGAGGAGCCCGAAACAAUUUCGAAGGUAUCCGAGAAGGCCUCACGCGACUAAUGGAAAUUUUAAGACCGAACAGACAACUACCUCCCGUCUCUUCGGGGAUCGAGGUGUCACUGCAUUACCUCAGCUUCGUUCUCGGUCGCAACGAUGUAAAGGUCCGAUAUUUGAUGGCACUCACCAACACACAGUUCCAGGUGAUUACUAACCGUGAAGAUCGGCAAUACCACAUCCCAACAAUUCGCAUCUAUGGACAGAUUGACGACGUGUUUAAGGCCUGGAUGCACGUUCUGGACCUACUACCAGCCACCACAUUGGUUGAAAUGCCUAGGCCCUCACAAGAGGACAUAGCAGACCUGAGAGAAGUGACCCAACGAGUUUCGAGCUUGAAUCAAAUGCUAGAAGAUUAUGACAUUACACUCAACUUGAAGCUAAAUCGAGACUCGCGUCAAUGGAAGAUCGCUGUGCACGGUCCAGAAAAGUACUUGACACUCCUUGUAGACGUGUAUCGAGCACUAGGCAGGUUGGACGUCAAUUCUAUCCAUUUUGUGCAGGAAGCUAUAACUAAAACAGGCCCACCACUACGUUAUCAUGACGCAAUAAGGUCAUUAGACAAACACCGACUUUUGGUUGAGACGUCACAACGCUCGCAUCAUUUACCUACGCACAAAUCCGAGCCUGAAAUAGGCGAUGAUUUCGACACUGCAACCAUUUCGAGAUCAACCUACUUUACUAGGCACUGUCCAACUUCUCAACCCAUUUACCAUUAUCAUGGCCUAAAUACAGGAGUCACUAAUCAACCCAAAUCGAUAUAUGCAGAUUAUCGUGAUCAGCGUAUACUUGCUGAACAGUCAUUGGCUUAUGGCGGUUACCAGAUCUACGACCAAACUCCACGAAGUGCGCAAUCUGCCUCGUCCAAUUACCCCUCUGAUGCCUCGGGACUGUACGACAGUCUAGCAAGUCUCGCAAGCUUAGGAAGUCUUGCAAGUCACCCGAGUCUCGAAAAUGUCAAUGCUGUGGAAGAGGUCCCGGAAUCAGGCUUUGUAACCCCAAUGACAUUUCGGGACUUACCACGCGUGGAGGCCGUCAGCACGACAUCGAUUCGAACGCCGUCAGUGAAUCGAAGCUCUUUUGUCUCGACCAGCUUGGCCACUCCAGCCUCGAGCCAGGCAAAUUACUUGAGCGGUUUUAAGGGCUCGGGCGUCGCGGCCAGCACGUUCCCGUCGACCCCGAAGAGUCUAGCCGACCUCAAUGAAACGGAGGGCACAGCCGGCAGGUACGGCAGUGUUGCAAACUUCACGAGUUUGGGCAGCUGUGGAAGCUCUGAAAAUCUUGGUCCGGCUCAAGCCAAUCACGGAUAUGGGUCUAUUAGCUCAUCUGCCAUAGAGACGCCAACGUGUGUUCAGAGGCCACCAGCUAAUCGAAAUUCACAAUUACCAGCCUCGAGUGCUGCAACCUUUGGCCAGAUGAUUACGUCAUCUCCUCUACACACUUCAACCCCUUUACAGGAACGGACUCUGCAGCACUUCGCCCCAAGUGAAUUUAUUCGUCAAAAGGAAGUGUUUAGCAGUUUCCAACUUUCACCAACUGUAGCAAUGAAAGAUGACGAAGAUGAUUUCAUAGUCCGAGGACCUUUCGGUGUGUUGCGUCGCGAUGAUCAGCAGGGAUCGGCUGCUAGGGAUUACUUCGCAGGUGACAAAUGGACGGUGGCGAACUAUGGUAGCGUGAUGUCUGUGGUGGGCAGGCGUGGUAUCUGAAGCACGGCUACCAUUAAACUUCGAGUGAUCUGAUAUCUUAACUAAUUUAGAACCUCAAAUUGCCUGUUCCAUACAGCUGCACCAUCGAACUAAUAUAGACAGUCAUAGGGCUUUACAAUGAGGGGCUCUUAGUUUGUAUAUCUGCCAAGUAACUCAUUCAUUGUAGUUGUAACCUAAUGGAUCCAUCAUUAAGGAAGGAAACGCUUGUAUUGUUAAAGUGGCGCAAAUCUACUUUUCGCUGGACCACCUUUUUCGUCAUAUACACUGUGGAAGCACGGCUGUAUAUAAAUACACACGAAUAUAAAUACACGUUUAAAAAAAUUUAAUAUACAUCAGUAUUCAAUUUCGGCGUGCUAGUGGUAAAGAGAUUGCUGUAAGUAUCACGUCAUAUAUAUAUAUAUAUAUAUAUUUUUAUUUCGAUCGUACUGUGAGAGUCGGCGGAUAAAUUAGUGUUUUUUGAGGACACUCUUAAAAAUUUGUUUGAAAUUUUCGACGUUCGUUCAGGUCAUGUUAACAAGAACGAUAAGUAAAUUUGAUGAUUGCUUAUCGGCCACGGAUGGUGCAUGUUGCAGUCUCAACAAUCCCGUAUGGAAAUUUUCUUGUACACCCUGACUGGUAGUUCAUGAUUUACUUAGUGACUAAUUAGCUAACAAUUCGCCAUUUUCUACCACCACUUCUUCAUAAGGAGUGGAUAAAGGGGAAAAAAUUGAUACUUUAAGGAAUCAACCCUUAUAAGGUUUAUGAUAACAUGACAGACGUGAAAUCACGUAAUUCAUUACAAAUCAUAUGAACAAAAAGUUAUCAGGAUAGUUUUAAUAAGCAAAAUUUAGGACAAAAUGUCGACUAUGGUGCACAUGACACCCGUGGAAGGUUUUUGUUACCAUUAAUUAGUAAAUAAUAACAAAAACAAAAACGACGACGACGACGACAACAACAACAACAAAAACGAC